AUGCUGCUCAGUGCUGUGUCGGUCUGGUUGUAUAUUAUAUCCCUGGUUAAUAAUUCACCCGCCAAGUUGUUUCAGUUUUGGUUGUCGACGCUUGAAAUGACUUCAUUACCCAGGAUGCAUCUGGCAACAAGGCAGGGCCUUUCACAGGACAGGUAGGGCGGGUUUCUACUGUUACCACAGGUGGUGUGGAAAGAAAGAAAGAAAGAAAGAGUCACCGGGGGUGUAAGUCAGUAACAGGAAAGACUGAUGACAGGAGAACACAAAGACAGUGAACAGGAAAGAACCUGACACGUGUGAACGAGUGAGCAGCAGAUGGACUAGACAGAGAACACAAAGAAGCUUCUUCAACUUUGACUGGAUUUUUACUCUGUUUUAAAUCAUUUGUGUUUUGUACUGUUGGACUGGCAGCUAACUCCACCUGUGCAGGAGGACAUGAAGGAUGCCUUGUUUUGCUGUGGGUCAAUAAGUGGGUCAACGACUGCGUGAAGGCUGAAAGGAGCAGCAGAUGUGAAACUGGAUGAAUAUAACCUUUCGAAUAUAUUUAUCACCAAACAGAACGCCAUCAUGUUUUGAAAACCUUUACCAGGAAAUGCUGGAGAAAUUGAUUGUUUAUGAGACACAGGCUAACUUGUGAAUUGCACCACUUUUUUUUCCAAACUUUACUGCAAGGAGGAGAAGUGGAGUUGACACAUUUCCUACACGGUACAGGAAGGCUGACUUCCUCUACUUCAACUCUUCAAAACCAACCACAAUCAUGCAGAACCUGGGAACUGAGCAUGAUGACUCCUUCGACUUCCUGUUCAAGAUCAUCCUGAUAGGGGACUCUAAUGUGGGGAAGACCUGCGUGGUACAGAAUUUCAAAUCAGGGAUUUUCGCAGAGCGUCAGCAGAACACCAUUGGUGUGGACUUCACUGUGCGCACAGUUGACAUCGAGGGAAAGAAAGUAAAGAUCCAGGUUUGGGACACGGCAGGUCAGGAGAGGUUUCGUACCAUCACUCAGAGCUACUAUCGCAGUGCUCAUGGUGCCAUGAUCGCUUAUGACAUCACACGUCGCUCCACCUUUGACUCUGUGAUUCACUGGAUCAAAGAGGUGGAGCUGUACGGGGCGGCUAAUGUGGUGCUGGUGCUUAUAGGGAACAAAUGUGACCUGGAGAACGAGCGGCAGGUUCUCUUUGAAGACGCCUGCAAUCUGGCAAAGGACAAAGGAAUACUUGCUGCUCUAGAAACAUCUGCCAAGGAGAGCCAGAAUGUCGAAGAAGCCUUUAUAAUGAUGGCCAGGGAGCUACUCUACCGCAAUGGACUCAAUGUCCAGCAGGGGGACCUACCUGGAGUGUCCCUGGCGACCAACUCUAGACCGAUAAAUGGUAGCAUUGGAACCUACACGCCACCAGAGAAGAAGACAUGUUGUUGAUACCAUCUUGACAACAGUAAGAAGAGAAGAAAAUGAAGAAGAAAAACGCAUGGGAAAGACCGCAAAUGCAUCAAAUGCGUUGAAAAUCCAGGAGGAUUUGGGAAUUUUCCAACCCAUGCUGCAGAGUUAGCACUUUUGCUGUUGAGAUAAAACUGCGGCAAAGGCAGCACUGCAUACGUGUGAUCAGUGUUGUGUCAAAGUAACAGGAAGUGACCAUGUUUAAUUUUCCUGUUUCUAUCCUCUACGGACAGAGGUGUUACAAUACCAGCGGUGGCGUUAAUUCAAAUCGUUAAGUCACAUAAUUACACAUUAUUAUAACUUACACUUACACAUGCUCAUCUCAGCUAACAGUGGAUAUAAAAAUACUCUUUUUAGUACUCUAAAUAUCAGAUUUCCUUGUGCGAAAACCUGAAGCCAAAUUUGUCAAUUUUACAAUUGUUUAUAUAUUAUUAACUCAAGUUCAGCUGUUGUCAUACGAUUUUUUUGUCACUGUUGAAGGUCAAUGUCGAUAUUGUCUGGUGAUUAUGUAUACACGUUAUUCAGACUUAUGUUUUUACUUAAAACAUUAGUGUGAAAUUUAAAAUAAGGGAAGGUCGAUUAAAUUAUACAAGGUUGAUAAAGUUUAACUUCGGUUCCGUUAACUCUGCUGUCAUUUUUUAAAAUAAAUUAAAUUAAACAUAUAUAUUGUCCGGUAUAUAAUAAUAAACAUUUAAAAACA